AUGCCAAUGAUGCCACGUUCUACCUUCGUAUCCCUGGUGCUGAUGCUCCUGGCCGUAGGUGGCACCGCUGAGAGCGGCACGUACGAUGCAGAGCCAGAGUGGCGAGAAUCCUUAUGGCAGGAUUUGCAGCUGCUGUUGUCCUUCAUCAUGGGCGUUCUGUUCAUGAGCUCAGCCGAGAAGAUCUUUGAUACCGGUGAUACAGCGACCAACGCCAGCAACUCGAGGAUGCCACGUUCUACCUUCGUAUCCCUGGUGCUGAUGCUCCUGGCCGUAGGUGGCACCGCUGAGAGCGGCACGUACGAUGCAGAGCCGGAGUGGCGAGAAUCCUUAUGGCAGGAUUUGCAGCUGCUGUUGUCCUUCAUCAUGGGCGUUCUGUUCAUGAGCUCAGCCGAGAAGAUCUUUGAUACCGGUGAUAGAGCGACCAACGCCAGCAACUCGAGGAUGCCACGUUCUACCUUCGUAUCCCUGGUGCUGAUGCUCCUGGCCGUAGGUGGCACCGCUGAGAGCGGCACGUACGAUGCAGAGCCGGAGUGGCGAGAAUCCUUAUGGCAGGAUUUGCAGCUGCUGUUGUCCUUCAUCAUGGGCGUUCUGUUCAUGAGCUCAGCCGAGAAGAUCUUUGAUACCGGUGAUAGAGCGACCAACGCCAGCAACUCGAGGCUCACCAAGCUGGAGUUGUACCCGCUGCUAGCAUGA